GUCCCCUGCAAGCAACAUCCUCCAGUUUUGGCUACUUCAUACCCCAAGACUCAUCCUUUGGGAACAUUAUCUUGCCAGUCUUGCCUCGAAUUGAUCCAAAGUAAAGUGAUUCAUCUCGUCAAUUCCUCAGCAGCUUUGUCCCUACUGGUUUUCUAUAUCACACCAGUAAUUGUAAAAUAUCCACAAUGAUAAGACUGAAAGAGUUAGAGUCAUGGCUGCAGGAACUGCAGGACUUUGACACCCCCAAGGUAACCCUGGAGCAAUACCAGACACCACCACACAUCGCUGCCCACAUCGCUCACACUAUCCAGGCAUCCUUUGGAGACCUGGAAGGCAAACUAGUAGCAGACUUGGGGUGUGGCUGCGGCAUGCUGACGGCUGCUGCUGCCAUCAUGGGUGCAGCGACAGUUGUGGGAUUUGAUAUUGAUAGUGAUGCUUUAGAAAUUUGUAAAGGGAACCUCGAGGAACUUGAGAUUGCAUCUGCUGAGCUGGUGCAAGCUGAUGUGCGGGCUCUGACUUCAUCGCAUCCCCGCCUCAUCAAGCAUUUUGACACAGUGCUUCUCAAUCCACCCUUUGGCACUAAGCGCAACCAAGGAGCUGACCUUGAAUUUGUGCAGGUUGCCCUGGAGGUGUGCCGUGGACCAGUGUACAGCCUCCACAAGACCUCCACCCGCACACACAUCAUCAAGACAGCUGCCCGUUGGGGGUUAAACGUGCAGGUCUUGGCACAGCUGCACUAUGACCUCCCAAAUACCUACAAGUUCCACAAGAAGAAGUCUGUUGAUAUUGAGGUUGACUUCAUCAGAUUUACUCAUGAGGAAGAUCUUUCUAAUUGAUUCCUCUCAUUCUUCACCCAUAUUGAUCAGAAGGCUGUAUUUCACCUCGUGUUUGGCCUAGGCUAGCACAGGAAUUUGGUGAAGCAAAACUAAAGGGUGUGACCUGUAUAGUCAUUGCAGAGGUUAGAAGUUACAUGUUCAACAUCAUCAUCAUAUCUUAGCCAGCUUUGCUGGUAACUUCAUAUGUAUUCAUAUAUCAUAUGAUAAAAGUGGAAGAUACAGGCAGGUCUUAAUAUAUGUUGGGAGUGAACUGAGAUGGUCCAUGCAAAAUUAGUUUGUAUAAAGCUACAAAACUAAGUAAUUUCAGUGUCUAUGUCUUCCAAAAACUUAAUUCUUUGAAGACCGUAAUUGCAAUCAAAAUUGAUCCCUCAAUACCAUGUCCAUUCCAGUCAUGGGAUGAGGGACCCUGGACACAGGGGUUGGAGCCCAUUGAGAGAUGUGCUCUUAGCAGCCUUAGCUCUUUGCCUUGACCUUCUGAACUUAACUAGUUUUGCAUGGUCCUAUAUUUUUUAUUUUCCCUCUAAACUUUCCACCACUUUCCUCAGUCCCAUCUCAGUACUAACACAACUUCUAUUCUGUUUAUUUAACUUGCCUUUUCAGUAUGACUUAGUAUGAUAUGAUGUUUGCUGCCAAGUAUUAAUUACAGAUGUGCCGAUACCCACACCUCACCAAUACUCACUUUUCAGGUGGUACCGAUACUAAAAAUGGCUGUUAUUUUGCUAAUACCAAUACCAAAACUUUUAUUUUGAUUACAUAUCUGUAAGACUAUGGAAGUGUAUUAUCUUGAAUCACAUAAUAAAUAAGCCAGAAAAGUAUCAUAGUGGCCAUAUUUUCACCUUGCUGAUACCAAUACAAUCGGCACAUCUCUAGUAUUAAUACAGUACAGUAGAAUAAAAAUUUGAAAUUUAAUAUACUAUUGCCGUGCAGAAAAACAAGUUUCUUCACAAUGUUAAAGCUUAAUUUAAAAAAAAAUCUUCAUAUAGCAAGACCUGCCUUUUGCUUCACAAUCAUUUUUUAUAUUCAAAGCAUAUUUUGUGUAUGAGAAAUAGGGAUUUCCAGUUUUGUAAAGGGUAGGAUAAGGAUGGUUAGUGAGACUUUUGGGAGGGGAAGGGUUUUAUGCUCAUGUGGAACUCUGGGACGUAGAAGUAUUUCCUUGGCUAUUCCUCCAGCAUUGCAACUCCUGUUAGUGUAAUUACCAUUUAGACUGCAUGAGUGGGGCCUGUAGAAAGUGCAGGGCCAUGCAUAGGCUGUGGCCCUGCCCUAAAUCUGAUGGUUAAUUUGAUGAUUGAUGAAUGGGAGAUGGUUUAAUGCAGCCAGUCAUGGAGGGGGGAUCUUGUUAACCCCUUCAAUAUGGUGCCGCCGAUGUCGGUGUCACCGUAUGGAAAGGGUUAAUCCUCUUCUGAACCUCUUAAUCCUCUUCCAUUUCCUCUUAAUCCUUUUUUAAACCUCUUAAGAGGAUUAAGAGUUUUAGAAGAGGAUUAAUCCUCUUCCAUUUCCUCUUAACCCUUUCUAUACUGUGACGCCGAUGUCUGCAUCACCGUAUGGAAAGGAUUAAAAUCAAGAAGUUCUAAAACAAUUUAGGACCCACAAAUGUAAAGAAAUGCAUUCAUGUGUUUUAAAAAUUUAUUUUUACAUGUAUAGUAUUCAUAUUUUCAAAGGGGAAAGCAUCAAGAAUUAUGUUACAAAGUAAUAUAAAAAGGUGAAAAAAAUUAUCUAAAUACUCAUACAAAGUAACAUUGACUAGAUCAUUCUUGAAUUUGACAGGAACCUAUUGACUAUGAAUUGCAGCUGCUGCACUAAUAACUGCAAGACUAUAUUUAAAACUUUGACACAAAAUACUAAAUUGACUAGUUUUAGGCAGUUUGAGGUACAGCGAUGCACCCUUAAUUGAUUUCACACAAAAAAAAUGUAAAACCUAAACCCAUGAAAGCUGGGACAUUUAGCUAUUGGAAGGAAGGGUAAUUGGUUCAUGGCUCCUCCUAAAACUUGCUCGUAUGACCCAGGUCUUUGCUCACUGGUCUGUUUGUUCAGUAAUUUUAGUCUUCAGUUCACUGACUAGAUAUAAAUAUGCUUCUGAAUUCCCACAAGAUUGUCAUGCCUGUAGACUUCCUGACUUUAUUUGGAGGUUACUGUUGCAUUCUUUUUAAGUUUACAUAAAGGAAGUGAGCCAGUCAGUGCACAGAAAGUUUAGCUCCCAUUGUACAACUCUACUCAUCACAUCCGUGCUAGAUUUUGUGGCAAGUUAGCAGUGCAAAACACUGACUUAACAAAGUUUUGGGUUCUGUUAAAACUUUUAAAUUAAAAGUGUCACCCCUUAAUAUCUUAUCUACUGCUUUAUUAUGCUGUACCGAAAGUUGUUCAUUCUCAAUGGAAGCCUUACUGGACUCUUUAUGAUAAGGUGGAGUUCACCUCCUUCAAAAUUCUGAGUCCUCCAUUUAAAAUGAAGAACCAUUCUGUUACUGCAUAAAGGAAUGUAACAUGCCAAGACUGAAGGCUGACCAACAACUUUAAACUUAACAGUCCUCCAUUUGGAAUAAACAAUAAUUUUGUUACUCCAUAUAGGAAUUGUGCCAAGACUGAAGGCUGACGGAUAACCAAAUACCAUGCAAAGACUUCAACUGAUGAUAUGACUUAACAUUAGUUCUCAGCUUCACUCUCCUUGUGGUUUUCAAAAUUGUGAAACUUCUUUAAAAUUCAGCAAGUUUUCCAUUGAGAGAACAAACAACUACUUAGUUGAAGCAUUAAUGAACAGUGCCAAGACUGGAAGGCUAGUAACAGUUUCAGUGGAACCCAAAAUACUGAUGCGAUAGUAUUUUACAUGUUUCUUGUCACAAAAUUUGUGUUGACAGUUGAGAUGGUAUUAAUAAAUAAAAACAAUACCAUUGCACUUCCCAGAACAGAGUUGUGCAAUAAAGGGAAAAGGAGGGGAGCUUGUGCAUCCUGGGUGUUGAUUGGCUCACCUUUUCUCCUUUAGAAAUUUUCAUGGAAAUCUUUGCACUCAGAACCUUCAAGUAGAGCCAGAAAGGCUAUAGAGUAUAGACUAACAUGACCACUAUGUGGAAGUGAGCAAGUGAAGUUAUACUAAUGAAUGAAUGCAACUUGCACCAUAGCAAGGAUUUUAAUUUUAUACAAGAUGGUGGCAAGCCAGGCAAGGUGAUGAUUUAGCUUUUGUUGGGCUAGGUGGUCUCCUUUCUUUCUGCAGAAAUCUAACAUUUUGCUCCAAACAAUAAAUUUUAGUUUUUUGGGUUGUAGCAAUACAUAUGAAGGUAAAUGUUGUGAAACUUGAUGCAACACCACAAUUUAAAAUUUUAUGCAAGGUAUAUAAUGCUGCAUGGCCCAGCUGGCCAGUAAGAUGUUUGUUUACAUUUGAUAAAGCAAUGUUUUUUUCAUGAACUUUGUGUUUGUGAUCAUGUCAAAAUGGCAACAGUGCCCACCUAGCCUGUAUCAGACCAUACUAAUAAUUACUUUAUGAAUCAGUGGCAGACUAAAGCUAUAAAUUGGCUGAGUGAUGACAGGAGUGUUCUACAUGUAAGCAUUAGAAAAAAACUUUGUUAAAAUUGUGAAAACAUAUCAAAGUAUUUUCAACAUUCUUUCUUGAACAAAUCUGCCCUUCACUUUCUUUGAAAAUUUGUAGUUUUAAGAUUUACUAAUUUUCUGAAACUAACCAACCCUUCCCAAAUAUACAGAGCUGGGCACUUCUGCAAAUUAAUCUACAAACUGCAAGUUCAGCAUUUGCAGAAGCACUGUUUUAGCUUGUUGCAGUUUGCAUUUGCAACAAAUCCUAUGUAUUGUUGCAGAUUUGCACCUCCAGAACCACUUCUGCAAAUGUGAAAUCUCCACAAACUCACAUGGCGCCAUGUGUGGUAGGGGUGGGGCUGGGCAAGAAUCAAUAAUAUUGGAAUAACAGUUCCAAUUGUCAGUGCCAAUGGAAUAGAUUCCUGAAGUACAUAAAUAAUGUCUUACAUUUAUCAAGCACAGGUAGUCCUCGAGUUACAAUGUAUGCAACUAACAACCUCUCUUACUUAUGACCAGGCCAGUAAUAUUAGCAAUUCUUGGUUAAGUAAUGAGAUGACAUUUCAAAUCCCACUGUGGGUAGAACAGCUGUUUGUUUACACAGUGCUCAAGCACCUCCCCUUCCACCCCCACCCUGUUGCUGUCUUGUUUUGCUGCUUUUGCUCUCAGUGCAGUGGCAGUCAGUGGCCUGUGGAAUUGCAUCCUGGGAAUCCAUUCCCAAAUUGGAAACCAAUUUUGAGGUAGCUUCCUCAGAUUUGGAAGAAUGGAUGGUAGAAUCAAUAUAAAGAAGACAGUGCCAGACACACCAGGUAUGGAAUCACUAUAUAGUCAGCUCUUCUUGAAUGAGAAAAUGUUUUGUUAAUUAUGUCUUAAUUUAUUAUAAAAAAAUAUCACGUGUUCAGUUUGUGUCUUUCUACGUUAUUUACUGAUUCACGUUCGCAUUAGUAUUAGAAAUAUCCAAAAUAAUAGAAAUUUGCAUUUGCAGUUUGAGUUUUGCAGUAUGGCAAAUAUUAAAAAAAUUGCAGAUCUGUGAUUGAGGUAGAUUUGCAAUUUGUGGAAGGCGUAUUUUCAUUUGCAGUGCCCAGCUCUGAAAAUAAUGUAACAAAUUAGAUAAUAACCUAACCUUACCAAAAAAAAGUAUACUAACCCUACUCAAGUAGUAGCUUAGUACCACAGGUUGUUGCAGCCCAGCUCACAGGACAUGAAAAAUGGUUAGUGAGUAACAGACAAGGUAUGGCGUGAGUGUAGCUUCCCCAGCUGAGUCUGGGUAGGUUUUAGGAAAGUUCCCUUGGUUUUAUUCUCCCAACAUAUGGUAAAUUAAUGGUGCAUCCUGUGUGCUGGUGUGGCUUACAUGCACUUCACAAAAAAUAUGGUGUCUU